UUCAAAAUUUAUAAACGGAUUUUGAAAACUACUAAAGCCCCAAAUAUUCUGCAAAAUGUUACUAUUCGAAGAGGACUGUAACUCAAAUUUGCAGAGCAGAGCAACUGCACAGAUUAGGGAUUCAGUUUUCUAUACUACUUAUAGUAAUAAAGGGACAAUCACCCUAAGUUUCUUCUCCAUGAAGUCUAGAUUUUGAGCUGAAGAAUACCAUUUAAGAAGUGGAAGAUGGGUUGAGGAACCAGGAAAUGUGCUUCCCAUCACCAAUGAGCAGUAUUUGAAGAAAGAGGUGAGCAGAUGAAAACAAUUUGAUUAGAAACAAAGCAUGAUUUGUCAAAACUGGAAGUUUUUGUGCACAGUGAGGUGGUAAUGUUUAAGCGACUGUAAAAUUGAAGUUUAAAAGUUCUAUAAACAAGAGGAAUAGCAUUGAAAUCGAGAAGCUUUAUCACCCAACUAUACCAUUUUGUGUGGCUCAAUUGUAAUAUUCCAUAGGAAUGGAGUGAAAGUUUUCCAAAUAAGGAGAGUUCACUGUAAAAAUCAGGAUGAUAAGAAAACAAAAAAGGAAAAAGAAAAAAAGACUUCAAUGAGAAAAUUACAUAUCCCAAAACUUCGUGCUUGACUUUUCUUUUGUUAGUGAAAAGCAUCCAUUGGACUUCCGUUUAGCAGCCAUAUUGGACUUUUACCUCCUCCUGUUCCCUUGAUUUUCCCAGUUUUUAGUUCCUUUGUAAUCUGUAUUCUGUGCGUCCCGAAAUGUGCAUUCCCGGUUGGAAUUGGCGAUUCGAUUUGGUUGAUCAGAGGGUCGAGUCAGACACCCAUUCCUGUUUCUAACCUAAUGGUUUGGUUAGCAAUGUUUUCAUGCGCAGUCUGAUUCCGUUAGAAUUUUAAUUUUAAUCAAUCGUUGGUGUUACCAGCAGUUAUGGGGGCACGAAACAAGCCAUCCCAACUCACCGUCAUUUCAAUUGUGAUCAUAUAUUUGCGAAUGGACCAUUGCUUAGCAAAAGACACCAUCUCUUCAGGCCAAUCCCUCACAGGAAACCCCAUAACUUCAAAGCGCAACGACUUUGUUAUGGGUUACUUCACACCCGGCAAUUCGGGCAAUUGGUAUAUUGGCAUCUGGUAUGGGAAGGUCUCAGUUCCAACUAUAGUAUGGGUAGCCAACAGAGACAAGCCAUUGCUGUCCAUAAGUGCAGGGGACUUGAGGAUAGGGUCCGAUGGUAACCUAGUGCUCUUGGAUGAGUUAGGAAGGGCUCUGUGGUCUACGAAUGCAGCUGGAGCCACGAGUGAGUCGCUCGCGACAUUGUUGGACUCUGGAAACCUUGUACUGAAACAAGGGAAUGAUUCGGAGAAGUUGGUAUGACAAAGCUUUGAUCACCCCACUGAUACCUUUUUGCCGGGCUCUAGGCUGAGGUUGAAUCGAAGGACCCGUCAAAACCAAUUCCUCACGUCAUGGACGAGCUCCAAGAACCCCUCACCUGGGCACUAUUCCGCGGGCUUCAAUCCUCAGAGACCCAAGGAGUUGUCUAUUUGGGAGGGCAAUGUUGAGUACUGGGCUUCUGGCCCCAGGAACGACCACUUUUUCAGUGGGGUGCCUGAAAUGAGGCUCUAUUACAUUUUUAAUUACAGCUUCGUCUAUGACGGUGAGACUUACUUCACUUACUCGACCUAUGAUAACUCCACCAUUUCAAGGGCGGUGCUCACACCGUUAGGUCAUAUCCACCAAUACACAUGGAUUCACACAACCCAGGAGUGGAACGUCUUCUCGUCGCAGCCAAGACCUCAAUGUGAUGUCUACGCUCUCUGUGGAGCCUAUGGAAUAUGCGACAACCAUCAGGGCCCAUCCCUCUGUAGCUGUAUACAAGGCUUUGAGCCAAAUUCUUCCGAGCUAUGGGACCAGCGAGUUUGGCGGACUGGUUGCGUGAGAAAGGCUGGGUUGAGGUGUUCUAAUGGAGAAAGAGAUGAAUUCGUUGUGAUGAGGGGAGGGGAGUUAAGCUACCUGACAGUCCGAGGAGCUUAUUUACGAAUGGGCAUGCGAAACUGUGAAGCUGCCUGCCUCACUAACUGUUCAUGCCUGGCUUAUUCAUUAUCAGAUAAGGCGGGUUGCUCUGUGUGGGAUGGGGAUCUGAAAGACCUCAAAAGUGUUUGGGAUGAUGGAGAGGACAUUUUCAUCCGUGUGGCUGCAUCCCAUGGCAAUGGCCUCUUCAAAAUCCUUCUGGCUCUCAUCAUUGUAGUAGCAACAGUGCUCCUUGGAACCUUGGCAUGUUGCAUGAGGAAGAGGAGGCAGGCAAAACACAAAAGUAAAGAAAUGAUGCCCAAUCAAAAUAGCACUUACAUUUAUCAAACUAGUAUAAGAUGGAAGCCAACCAGGAACUAUUGGCACUGGAAUUGGGUGAUACUGGAUCUCCAAAAUAAACUAAGAAAUGGAAAGCAAGGAAAAGCACUAGAGUUACCUUUGGGCACCAUCCUAGCUGCCACAAACUACUUCUCCGAAGUCUCUAAACUUGGAGAGGGAGGGUUUGGACCAGUGUACAAGGGAAAUCUACAUGAAGGACAGGUAGUUGCUUUCAAAAGACUAUCAAAAAGCUCUGGACAAGGUCUAGAGGAGUUCAAAAAUGAAGUGAUUCUCAUUGCAAAGCUUCAACACCGAAAUCUUGUUAGGCUUCUAGGUUGCUGCGUCCAAGGGGAGGAAAAGAUAUUGGUUUACGAGUACAUGCCCAAUGGGAGCCUUGAUGCUUUCCUCUUUGAUCCCUCCAAAGGAGCACAAUUGGAUUGGGGGCAGUGCUUCAACAUUAUUGUGGGAGUAGCAAGAGGCCUUCUUUAUCUUCAUCAAGAUUCGAGAUUGACAAUUAUUCAUCGUGAUCUGAAAGCCAGCAAUAUUCUUUUGGAUUUUGAGAUGAAUCCAAAGAUUUCGGACUUUGGCCUGGCAAGAAUUGUGAGUUUGAACCAAGGCCAAGCAAAUACAAAUAGAGUCGUUGGGACGUAUGGUUAUUUGGCUCCUGAGUAUGUUAUGCAUGGCCACUUUUCCACCAAGUCUGAUAUCUUCAGCUUUGGGGUACUAUUGUUGGAGAUUGUGAGUAGAAAGAAGACCAAAGCAUUCUAUGAUCCUGAACUUAAUCUAAGCCUUCUGGGAUGUGCAUGGAAUCUGUGGCGAGAAGGCAGGGGCUUCGAGCUGAUAGAUCCUUCUUUAAGAGAAUCAUGUAGGGAAAGUGAAGUAAUGAGAUGCGUACACAUAGGGCCAGCAAGACCCACCAUGUCAUCCAUUGUUUCUAUGUUAGGUAAUGAGAUGGCUAGUCUUCCUUCACCAACACAACCUGCAUUUGCUUUUGGAACCAGUGCAAGUGUGAUAAAUAAUGGAAGUUCGGGAGAGCCAGUUCCAUCGAGGAACAUGGUUACAAUGUCGGCAUUUGUAGCACGGUAAAGUACCUUUUCUGUGAGAGUGGUUUCUCUCCCCAAGAUUAGAUAGAGGAGACAACAUUCUUUGGUUGUUCUUGUUUAUUCAUAUGCAGGUGCAUCCAUUUUAUGUUAAGAAUUUUGAAAUGCGAAAUGUUAUGUUUGUGGAACAAGCCUUAUGAAAUCACCAAGCAAUUGUUGUUGUAAUAAUUUGUUACUA